AUGGCCAGCUAUCUACCUCUACUGCUCUCGUCGGUGUCUUCGCAGCACAUUCCCAACGACGACACGAGCCUCUCGACCCAGGCCCGGGGCCAGGUCGAUUAUCUUAGUCACGAAUGGAACGAGGAGGAUGUCGCACGUUCGUGGCGGAACAUGACGCGCCAGAAGAACGAGAUUGCGAACGGGCCCCGCCUGGAGAACGCAAGUUGGCGGACGUGGUGGAAGCAGAGGAAUAAACUCAAGACCAUCUCGCCAGAGACGCUCAACUGGCUCAAGGACUCUGAUGUCACUUGGCUCUACGGUCCCCUGCACACCGCCAUCGACUGGUCACCUCCGCCGAGGCCUCAGGCCGACCCGACGUCGGUCGAUAAGGAAGAUCGCAGGGCAGAGGAUCGCCUCCAUCUUGCCGUCGGGCUCGGCGUAAAGCCUAUUCUCAAACACCGCACCAUCGGCGAGCUUUUGACCAGUGCACUGCCCACUUCUCAUGACGACUACACGGCAAACUUCGACGAUGGGUUCAUCGAGGACGCCGCUGACCGGCCGCCGAUAAUCCAGACACGGAGCGACUCGAACGUUAUCAAGUGGCACCGCGACCAGAAUAACCCCAUUCGCAAACAGUCGCCGCCGCGGAUCGUAGCCGAGGCUUCGCAGGAGCCUUCUGCCACGCCUUCGCCGCAACUCGAGCACCCUCCUGGCUUGCCGCACUCAAACUCUAGUGACUCGGCCAACGGGAGCAGCACUGACCUCGCGGCGCGUGCGAACAAGCGUCACAUCACGUUCAACACGUUCGUCGAGCAAUGCAUCGCGAUCGACUCGCCGCCCAAUACGCAGAAGAAGAAGCCCAGUCCGGAUGGCCGAUGGGCGCAGUAUGAAGACUACGACCACGAUGACGGUUACGACGAGGACAGCGAGGCUGGCUUCAAUGACCUUGAUGACGGCACGAUGUUUUCCGAUCAUGACACGGACGACGAGGACGAGGGACAGCUUGAGAUACAGACUGCCGCCGGCCGGGCCCGUACCGCUGCGCAGGUGUACAUUCACCAGCCGCCGCCAUACCCGCACCACCGUGUGACCGCCCCGACAUUCAAGCCGAAGCCGAAGAAGCGCACCAGCAGCACGUCUACUACGCGUGAAGACCACGUCACCAUUGCACCUAUCGCGCCGACCAUGCUCAAGACGACCGGUGUAGGCAAUCAUUACCUCGGCGUCGACGACCAGAACAACCUCGUCUACAUGCCGCCGAUGCACACGCCCGGCUCGGGUCACAACAGCCCCGCGCGCGUUCUCAGCUCAGAAGACGUCUACCGCCACCGAGAGGCGCGAUGGGCAGUCAACGGCAACCACGCCGGCUCAUCUUCUUCCACGUCUUCUAGCCGCAGCCCGCAUCGUCCUCUCGUAGCAUCGCCGCCAAGCGACUCGGAUGACCUCACCGAUCUGCCCACCGCUAUCGCACAGGCGUCUCCGAUGCCUUACGGUCCUCCAUCGCCCGGCGCCGGCUUGCUUCUCAAGCCCGGUGCACUACCGAACGGUGAUGAGGAUGACGUGGCCGCGCCGUCCGUUCGUAACGGGGAUUACUUCGGCGUCGCUGCUGCUACCGCACAGCCGAUCUUUAGGCAUGACAGCCACGAAGACCUCGUCGACAUCGAUGUUCAGGAGGUCGAGACAUACCAGCCGCCAAGUGAGGAUGAUACGCCUCCCACUCAGGCGCGAUCACCGCCCAGGCCGACGCUCAACGUUCAGCAGCCGUCGGUAUCGGUCGUCGUUGACGAGCCGUCGCCCCGUGUGGGGCGGGAGAGGAGUAGGAGUCGCAGUCGUUCGCGGAGUCACAGCCGCACGCCUAGUCCAGCCGACCUCGCGCUCGAGCAAGCCAGGAGAGAGAACAAGAGUUCUGCACCGGUAUCCAUUCCGCGGCGCGCGAGUAGCCAGGAGGCGCUCCUGUCGCCCGACCGCGCAGGCGCACCGAUCGCCAGGAGUUACUCCAUGGACGGUGUCGGAUCGGGUUCCGAGCGCGGGCGUGCGAGAGAUAAGAGCGUGUUGAGUGACCGCGAGAGGAGCGCGAGUCGGACGCCUGGGACGGGCAGCCCGUUCGGUAGCGUUUCUCCUACGGGUAUCGCGGGUCCCGCUGCGUAUUCUGGCGGAGGGAGGAAACGCGUUCGUGAGGAGGGCGAGAGCUCGAAUGGGCGUGGGAGGCGGCGCGCGGGGAGCAGCGAUAGCCUGAACAGCGCGACUUCGUCGCAGGCUGCUUCGAGUGUCAGCCCCGUUGGCCGCAGUCCUGGUCCUGGUGCUUCGGGUGAUAUGAGGAGCCUCGAUGCGGGCGUCGAGGAGAGCAGGAGAGGGAGUGUACCUGCGCCUGUGAAGGUUCCGCCUACGAUCGGAGAGGAGGACGAGGCUUGCUCCGCGAGUGGCAGCAGGGUCGCGACGCCGAGGGCGGGAGAGGUUACUCCCACGCCGUUCAACUCUCCGAUGAAGGCUGUGGAGCUACCGAGCGUUGCGAGCAGGUUGCAGGCGAGUCCUCCGACGAGCCCAAUCAAGGAGGUGCCGACGAGUUCGGCAGCGCCGGCGACCGCACCCGCACCCGCGACUGUGGCGACGAACCCGCCUGCGCCUGCAUCCUCUGCAGCGGCGGUGCCGUCGACUGCGAAGAGCACAAGUCCAAAGCGCAUGUACCCGACGCCAGCGAGCCCAACGACCGCGACGUUCACACAGCCCGCGAAACGCGAGCGCACCGCGAGCGGCGAGUCCGUACAGUCCGGGAGCGAGUCGGAGACGCCGUCCAGUCCCACACUCGUUGGGCGCGCGGCAAGCGCUGCGAAGGGGUUAUUGGGAAGUAUCUGGUAG